UCCCCGCUCUGUCACCGCCGGGACUCGCCUCAUCAUCACAUCUGACGUCCUGGGACAAGGUGCACGUGGAUGCGUCGCUUUGGGGGACAGAGUUUGGAGCAGAAACUGUCGCGAGAAUGAGCGCGUGUGCUGAUGCUGUGUGCGUCAUGGUGCUCGUGUGCGCUGUGGCUCUACCUCAAGCUGCUGUUUACACUGAAAAUCAAGUAUCUCGGAGCAUCCUCGACCAGGUGUCGGAUUACGAGGUCACCCGCCCCGUCUGGCUCCGCCCCCAGAGACACAGAAGGUCGAGUCACGCGUCCGACGAGGAGCAGAAACGGCGCCCCCCGGAGACUCAGGUCGUUAUAACAGCCGAGGGCCACGAACUCCGACUGCAGCUGGAGAAGAAUGAGCAGCUGCUGGCCCCGGGAUAUCAGGAAAUAUGGUACAGCUCCAAUGGAACUCGGAUGUCCUCCUCUCGAGGCAAAGAUGAACACUGCCUGUACCAUGGGAAAGUCGAAGGAGUAGAAGGAUCCAGCGUUGUCGUUAGCACCUGCUCAGGACUUCGGGGACUCAUUUCCCUAAACUCCAGCGUCAGCUACCUGGUCGAGCCGCUUCCUGUUUACAACGACACCCAACAACACGCCGUCUUCAGAGCUGACAGCCUCCAUCUCCAAACGGGCCGCUGUCCGCAUCACCACGGCGACCACGAAGAUCCCGAGGGGGGUCUUAAUAACUUUAUCCACGGCAUGAUGUCACCUUACAACAAAAGGGAAAAAAGGGACCUGGUUCAGAAUAUGAAAUAUGUGGAGUUGUUGCUCGUGGCGGACAGAGCGGAGUUUGAGAAACAUGGGAGUAGCCUCGAGAAAACACAACUCAAGUUACUGGAAGCAGCUAACUUGGUUGACAAGUACUACAAGGCUCUGAACAUCCGCGUGGCGUUGAUUGGUUUGGAGGUGUGGACGAGUCAGGACCUGAUCAGCGUCUCGGACAACCCUCACAGCACUCUGGCCUCAUUCCUGUCCUGGAGAGGAAAACAUCUCCGCUCUCUGCCCAACGACAACGCGCAGCUCAUUACGGGGAAGUCAUUCCAGGGCACCACCAUCGGACUGGCACCGCUCAAAGCCAUGUGCUCCGACUUCCAAUCUGGAGGCGUCAACACGGACCACUCGGAGUCGGCUGUUGGCGUUGCCGCGACGAUGGCUCACGAGAUGGGACACAACUUUGGGAUGAGUCACGACGUCCCGGGAUGCUGCCAGGCCAAAGCGGAGGACGGGGGAUGCAUCAUGGCCGCCGCCACCGGGCAUCCGUUUCCAAAAGUGUUUAACGCCUGUAACAUGAAGGAGCUCAAGAACUACCUGAACUCUGGAGGUGGGAAGUGUCUGUUCAACCUGCCCAACACUAGAGCCAUGUACGGAGGCCAGCGCUGCGGGAACGGGUACUUAGAGGAGGGAGAGGAGUGCGAUUGUGGCGAGGAGGAGGAGUGUACGAGUCCGUGCUGCAACGCCAACAACUGCACUUUGAAAGCCGGAGCCGAGUGUGCCCACGGCGUCUGCUGCGACAACUGUAAGUUGAAGAGUCCUGGGGUGUUGUGCCGCGCUGCCUCCGGAUCAUGUGACCUCCCGGAAUACUGCGACGGGAAAGCCGAAUCCUGUCCGGCCAACUUUUACCUGAUGGACGGAGCGAAGUGUGCAGGGGGCGGGGCUUACUGUUACACCGGGAUGUGCCUGACUCUGGAGCAGCAGUGCCGCUCUCUCUGGGGCAAAGAUGGCCGUCCGGCUCCUGACUUGUGUUUUAAGAAGGUGAACGAGGCCGGGGACAUGUACGGAAACUGCGGGAAAGAUCUGUUUGGGAAAUACAGGAAAUGCACAGAAAGGGACGCUAAAUGUGGGAAGAUCCAGUGUCUCUCUUCAGCCACGAAGCCGUUGGAGACGAGCGCCGUCCGUAUAGAGACCACCGUCACCAUCGGCACUAAGAAGUUCCUGUGCAUGGGGACUCACGUGUACAAGGUCACCCAGGGGGACGAGGACCCUCAGGGGGACACUCUGGACCCCGGGCUCGUCAUGACCGGCACCAAGUGUGGAGAAGACUCGAUUUGCUUUAAUGGAGUGUGCCGCAAUGCAUCAUUUCUCAGAACCGCCCAGUGCGAUGCCAAGUGCCACGGACAUGGGUUUUGCAACAAUAACCACAACUGCCACUGUGACCCGGGUUGGGCUCCUCCUCUGUGUGACCAGCACGGCUCAGGAGGGAGCGUGGACAGCGGCCCGGUCCCCCCCAACAAAAAUAACCUCCUCCUGGUCCUCGUGAUCCUCCCGUUGGUGCUUUUUGUUGCGGUCGCGGCCGUCGGACUGUGGUGCUGCUAUAAACAUAAGCUCCGCCCGCUGAAAACGUCCGCUCCACCUCCAGUGCCAAGUUGUUCAGUCCCUGUUGAAGUGAAGCCCUCGAACGACAGCAGCCAUGUUAGCGGCCAUGCUAAUCCAACAUUCCUCCUGAAGAAACAGAACAUGGAUCAACUGGGAAAGUCAUCUCCAAGUGCCAGUCCGUCCUCUGCAUCUCGAUCCAGACACGCUUUUGUGCGUCCGGCGGUGAAGCCUCCUCCUGUCCCUGCGUAUGAGACAGACACCUCCUCUCACAGUCAAACUAAAGAAACCACUCAGAUCUCUGUCAAAUCCACCCAAAAGAAACCUCCUGUUCCACGACCUCCUCCUGUGCCGCCUCCUUCUCUUCCUCCAAACCCGAGACCAGCUCCUCCCAGCAGACCUCCACCACCGUGUCCCGUCGCUCCUCUCAACAAAUCGAGUAUAGAGCAACCAAAAGUGACAAAUGUCCAAAUUACAAGUGAUGCUCUGCAAAAGAAGAAAGCAGCUUUGGCUCCCUCUGCUGGACAGAAGAAGCCAAAAAGGACUUAAACCAGGACCUCAGGGAUGCACUGAAGAUGACAUCAACUAAUGCACUGCCUCAAACCUUUUUAUGUGACCAAGUAAAUGUGGCAUUGUACACGUGAAAUACUUGACAGAGAUCUAAUGUCAGAACCAUAGACUGUUUAUAUAAAUGGACAUAGCUAACCUGCUAGCCACCGCGUUCCACAUAGAAAAUGAUCAUGUGCGCACUUCCAGCUCCAUCGACUCUGGCUCCAAUUCACUUUCUAUUGAUAAACUGCACCCUCUCUCUGUACCUGCUGCUGUCAGACUCGUCAUUUUGGUCUUACAUGUUCGUAUUAACCCGCUCUACAUGAUCCUGGGGUUUUUAUUUCACUAUUGUGUCUGUAAAUCAAGAUAUGAACAUUAAAAACAGACAAAUCAGGCGCCUUCUUUCCCCAAGGUUGCUCCAGUUAGCGUUAGCAACAGGUUUGAUUGACAGCGUUGCUAAAUCAGUGGUGCAGGCGAGAAGGGGCAUUACCUUCAGCAGCCUCGCUCCAGAUUGGCUCUUUGGUUGCUAUGACAUCCACAGUCAGAAUUGCAAAUAAGGAACUCGCCUCCAAAUUAGCCGCUAUAACUGCUAGCCUCGAUUAGCUUCAUUUGACUGUAGCUGAACGCUGUGGUGGCAUCACACUCACUCAGUCCACUUCUUUACACAGUCUAUGGUCUGAACUGCUUUUAGUAAAUGGAGAAAUGAACCACAGUUUUAGAUCCAUGCUGUACCAUUCACUUUUUUAUGUUUAAAAAUGUGAAAUUUUCAUGUGUAUCGGCCGUUUCGACUGUCCUGGGUCUAUUUAUUCACGAAAAAAGACGAUUGUUUACAGUACAGUGUAGCCGUACUAACUGUGGUGCUGGUAUGAGCAUCAACUAUGAAAGGAUCUAUCUUAUAUUAAGAAAAAAAAAAAGCAAAUAGAUAGGUGCUUGCACUUCCUUUGCGAGAAAAAUAAUGGGUCUUAAAGUGGGCGUAAUGCCGUCAGAGAAGACCACAUCUGCAUGCUGUAAGUAGGUUUACGACGAGACAAAUAUGGAAAUACUGGGGUAAGUGAGUGGGGAGCUUAAGGGACUUUUUUUACAUUUUAAUUUUGUUUACUGGAAUGCACCUUGUUGCUAAUCAGAGAUGGCAUUGUCACGUGUUUCCGAUUCAUUAGUAAAACGUCAAUACAACAGGCUCUGUGCACAGCAACACCCGGCAACCGCACUGUUAGCGUCUACUACUUCCUGUCCAAUUGAAUUUCUCAUGAGGUUUUUGCAGAGUUAAGUUAAAAUGAAUAAAUAUUUAAAGAUCAGGCAGGGCAAUGGGAGCUGCAGGUGGAUGUUACUGUUAAAAACUACACAAAUAAAAUGAAUACUUCACCGGGAAACACUUCACACGAUGUUUGCGUCUCAAUGCUAACGCUAAUGCUAAUUUUAAGGCAUAAUAAAUAUUAAAAUAACAUGACAAACUGAAGUAUUCUGCUUAUAGAAGUCAUUGGAUAGCCUUUAUUUUAAUUAAUUUGAAUGUUAAGAGGUUGUUUUUAAUAUUUUUCAGUGAGCUAGCUAGCGUGCUACUGUGCACAGAGCCUAGAAUAAAAUCUCAACAUUUCUCAUAACAGUGAUUCAGUUUUUGCAUAUUUGAAUGUACUUUUUUUCUGAAUGAUUGUAGUACAGUAUAGGUCAAUUUUACAACAUCACUGCUGAGAUACCGUGACCUCACCUUUGCCCUUUGACCCCUUUUGGACCAAUUAGGGCAAUUAGGGUAAUCAUUUUGCAUCUCUAUAUGUUUCAUCCACUGGAAACGGCGUUCAUAUCAACACAUGAAAUCCGACUUAAGUUUCAUUGAAUCAGUUUGGCUAACCUGGCGACUCUUAUGGUACUCUGCAAAGUAACUGCCUACAACUGUGUUUAUAAAGCCAUCGAACUUUUUUAUUGAACCUAUGCAAACCUGGGCACUGUGCAACGCCGUGUCUGCUGAUGGUAUGAUCUUAAUAAAGUGAAAAUGCUUUAA